CGACGCUCGUCGGCCUGCCCGGGGUUCGGGCAAGUAUUUAUUGCCUGUUCCCCGGUGCUGCUGUCGCAUCUCUUCUCCUUCUCUUCUCCUUUUACUAACUCUCAUAAUUCACUUGGUUGCUGUGGACAGCACACUGUCUCUCAUCUUGCAAUCUCCCCCCCGCCAAGCGGCUGUGCCGUGUUAUCAGCUCCCCCCCCGCAAAGUCCUCCACUUGGUACCUACAGGGUCUUCGAGCUGAAACUGUUUACUGUCCAUCUUCAAGGCAUUUCAGUCAUGGCUUCCACCGUUCAUGAUCCAAGGCUACUUUAUAGCAUCAGCAACAUCCGUGCUUUUCACAUCCAAAAUGGCGAAGAGACAGAGUUGACCCCGUCUGGUCCUCAGACCCUCUCUCUUCUGAUGGUCCCCACUAGAACGACCGUGCCUGGCACCUCCCCCUCGACGCCUCCCCCUGAUACGUCUGCAGAGGAAGACUUUUACCUUCACCUGCACUUGCCACCGGAACUAGACCUGGCGCUUCCUGCUACCACUCAGAUCUUCCACCAGUCUCCAGACAGCUACUUGAUCCCUCGCUGGGAUGUGGGCCCUGAUGCCGGCGCAUUCAUUCGUAUCCAGUUUCCGGGCAUUGGCUCAGGUCCGGGUAAGGUCACACAGGAUGAUAUCGAUACCUUUGAGACUAUCUUAGCUCAAUGCACGGCGUUCCUCGAACGCGCUCCCCCGCCGAGCAAUCAUGCACCGUAUAAUCCCGCAACUUACGCGCCAGGCGAAGGGUAUGUUGCCCCGUCAGGAUUCGCCCAGGAUGACGCCCAUGGCCGGAUUGUUCUGGUGGAUGAGGAAGAUGGCAGCGUGGUUGGUGAAAUGGAAGGGUAUGAUGUGGUUGAGGAACCUGGUGUCAAACCUGGCUCAAAACGACCUGUGGAAAUCGAACUUCCUACCGAGGCCGAGAGUAACCAAGUCAACGUCAGUAAUGUCUCCGAAGAAUACCUGCGGAUGGCUCGUCAUCCGGUCUAUAAGGACUCGACAAUCGUUCAAACCUCUGCGACUGCCUCUCGCUUGAUCGUCACCGGAUCUUCCUAUCUUGCCAACGCUAUCACAAGCGGCGCAGAAGCUUUCACCAAGAAGACCAAGCCCAACCCUAAACCGAUGACCUUCUCUGACACCACACAUUCUCGGAUCCGAAAAGUCGGGACAUUCUCGCAGGGUGCUGCCGAGCUGUCCGCAAAGACGGUUGGUCAGGUGGGUAAAUAUGCCCAGAAUAUCGGUGCCUCCCUGGCCCGUCGCAGGGACAACGGUACGCAGAGGGGCGUCGAUAGGUCCGGGAGCGACUACAGGCCGGGCAUCCUGAACAAGUCGAUGAUUGCGUUCUCGACUUUGACGGACGGCAUCGAGCAGGGUGCUCGCAACGUAUUGAUCACCGGCUCCAAUGCAGCUAGCACCAUGAUUGGACACCGCUAUGGCGAGCAGGCGGGCUCCGUAGCCUCCGACCUCACUGGCGGAGUCAAGAAUGUCGGUUUGGUGUAUAUUGACGCCGCGGGUGUUAGCCGCAAGGCUGUGCUGAAGUCCGUUGCGAGGGGUAUGGUCGUCGGCCGUAUGCGCAAUGGGCAGCAGGUCCUCGUUGGAACGGGCGACGGCGGAGAUGUUCCUGCAGCGGCGGGCCCAAGCCAGGCAUAUGGUGGCCGUGAGCCAGUUGUGAGACGUCAGUCUCCCAGCUCGACCCCUCCACCUGCAUACGGUGCGCCAGGCACUACCUCGUUGAGCGGUAUGUCAAUGUCGGGGGGUAAGCGUUGACGUGGAUGCUCUUCAGUUUGAUCUUCUAUUUCAAUCUGGUCUGCUGUACUCUGUUUAAUGUAUGAUUUAUGACCUUGAUGCACUGGGUUGGUGAUUUCCCGCGUGUCGUCCGUUUUAUGCACUCUUUUUCAGUGUUUUUACGAUAUGUGCCCUGUUUAUAUGGAUACAUGGAGAUAUGGUGUGGCCUGAUAUACGCUGGUACAUCUAUGUGACGAAAACGGCGGUGGCAUUUGCUCUUGUGCCAUAUACUAGGCUAGAGCUAGCACUCUUUAGCAGUCUUAGGACCAGCUCUAUCUCCGGACCGGUUGUGAAUAUUGAUCUUCGAUACCCAUCACCGAGGUUGGAUUUAUCCUAUCUAAUACGUAGUAUGCUGUAGGCCACAUUACCCCAGGGCAUGUGCACCGGUUCCAGCACAACCAAACGUG